AUGGAUUCUAAGAAUGUUGUUACUUUUCAAGUUGUUACAUUCUGCAUAUGUUUGGCUGCGGCAAAUUCGGUUGAUUUCAGUUACCCUGCAGUUUUCAACUUUGGUGAUUCAAACUCAGACACAGGUGAACUUGCUGCAGCUAUGGGAUUUCUAGUUUCCCCACCUAAUGGACAAAAUUACUUCAAAACCCCAUCUGGGAGGUUCUGUGAUGGACGUCUUAUUGUUGACUUCCUGAUGGAUGCGAUGAAAUUGCCAUUCUUAAAUGCCUACAUGGAUUCUGUGGGAUUGCCAAAUUUUCAGCGAGGAUGCAACUUUGCACCAGCAGGUUCAACCAUUCUUCCAGCCACUGCAGCAUCCAUCAGCCCGUUCAGCUUUGGGGUUCAGGUAUCUCAGUUUCUGAGAUUCAGAUCUCUGUCUCUUCAAUUGCUUCAAGGAAAGAAAUUUGAUCAGUACGUCCCAUCUGAAAACUCCUUUGAGAAGGGGUUAUACAUGUUUGACAUAGGCCAGAACGAUCUUGCUGGUGCGUUUUAUUCCAAAACAUUGGACCAAAUACUUGCCUCAGUUCAAACAGUUUUAUCGGAAUUUGAAACUGGAAUAAAGAAGCUGUAUGAUCACGGAGCAAGGAAUUUCUGGAUACAUAACACGGGUCCACUAGGAUGCUUGCCUCAGGUUGUUGCCAAAUUUGGCACUAAUCCAUCAAAGCUUGAUGAACUAGGAUGUGUUAGUUCACACAACCAAGCUGCCAAAGCCUUUAAUACACAGCUUCAAGCCUUUUGUAGUAAAUUGAAAGACCAGUAUCCAGAUGCAAAUGUAACACAUGUUGACAUCUUUACCAUAAAAUCAAACCUCAUUGCAAACUAUUCUAAAUAUGGGUUUAAACAACCCAUUAUGGCUUGUUGUGGAUACGGAGGUCCACCGUUGAACUUUGACAGCCGAGUUUCUUGUGGACUAACAAAGAUCUUGAACGGGACUGCAUUAACAGCAAAAAGUUGCAACGACAGCAGUGUGUAUGUUAACUGGGACGGAACUCAUUACACAGAGGCAGCAAAUCAACAUGUGGCAUCACAAAUUCUCACUGGAAACUACUCCAAUACUCUCUUGGGAGACAGAACGCCCUUCCUUCUCUAG